GAGAAGUUUUUGCCUCGAUUAGCUUGUGGUUACGUUGUCCAUAAAUUUAUAGAUUCGGAUUAAAUUCAUUUAUAGUGUUUAAUAAAAUUCAGAAAAAUAAAGCAUUGAUUGCUUAAGGCUUCGUUAAAAAGUAAAUAGUGGCCUUUCGAUUCGACUCAAAUAUUUUGGCAUUAAAGAACAAAUAAUCUUUUUCCAAAGCUAAAUUACAAAAACAAAUAUGGCUAUGAUGAUCGGAAAGCAAUUCAACCGCCUGCCUGGACCAUGCAAGAUGGCUCCAGUCUUGGUUAACCAUUUCACCACCGCCAAUAGAGAAAUCACUCACCCAUUGCAAAAGAAGCUUAAUGUUGUGUGUCCGGAAGAAGCGGUUGCAUGCAUAAAAUCUGGUGACACUGUUUUCGCUUCCGGCGCUGCUGCCACCCCCAUCGAUUUGCUCAAAGCCAUGACAAAGCACGGCAAAGAAAAAAAUCUUAAAGAUGUCACCGUAUGUCACAUGCACACCGAAGGCCCAGCCGAUUACUGUGCGCCCGAAAACAAGGAUAUCUUUCGCUCCAACUCUUUCUUCAUGGGCGCCAAUGUGCGCAAGGCCGUAGCCGAGGGUCGUGGUGAUAAUAUGUCGAUUUUCUUACACGAAAUUCCACAACUUUUCUACAAGGGCAUCGUAAGACCCGACGUCGCGAUCGUGCACGUGUCACCACCAGAUCGUCACGGCUUCUGUUCGCUUGGUACUAGUGUGGAUUGUGUGCGUGCUGCCGCCAAUCACUCAAAAUUGAUUAUUGGCCAAAUUAACAAGCAAAUGCCACGUACAUUUGGCGAUGCCUGCAUUCACUCGUCACACUUCGAUUUUGCCGUGGAAGUCGACUCACCUCUGCCACAACAUGGCGGCAAGCCACCAAGCGAAGUCGAAAAUAAAAUUGGCAAAUUGAUUGCCGAUAAUUUGAUUUGCAAUGGCGCCACGCUCCAGAUGGGUAUCGGUAAUAUUCCAGAUGCUGUGUUGAAUGCUUGUCAUAACCACAAGGAUCUUGGUAUUCACUCGGAAAUGUUUGCCAACGGUGUGGUGGAAUUGGUGAAAAAGGGUUGCGUAAACAACAGCAAAAAGAAGAUGCAUCAGGGACGUAUUGUCGGCUCAUUCUUGAUCGGCAAUCAAGCUUUGUAUGACUUUGUCAAUGAUAAUCCCUUCAUUGAAAUGUACGGAAUCGAUUAUGUGAACAAUACUAGCAUCAUUAAACAGCAACCAAGCAUGACUGCCAUCAAUUCGGCCAUUGAAGUCGAUCUCACCGGUCAAGUGUGCUCCGAUUCGAUUAGUACACGUUUCUUUUCGGGUUUCGGUGGUCAAGUGGACUUUAUUCGUGGUGCUGCUGAAGGACUUGAUGGCAAAGGUGUGCCCAUCAUUGCACUACCAUCCGUAACAAACAAGGGCCAGAGCAAGAUUGUGCCCAUUUUGCAGCCAGGUGCUGGUGUGGUCACGUCACGUGCUCACGUGCAUUAUGUUGUCACUGAGUAUGGCAUCGCUUCGCUCUUUGGCAAAAAUAUGCGCCAACGUGCCUAUGAACUCAUACAAAUCAGUCAUCCAGAUCAUCGUGAAAAGCUCGAAAAAUCAGCUUUCGAACGCCUUAAAGUGAUGCCAUCUUGCUGAAUAUGUUAAAAUUACCAAAUUUUAGACUUGCUAGCUUAGCAUCUCAAUACACAUAAACAAGCGGUUCUAUUCAACUGUUUAACUAAUACAUUUAUAUACUCGUAUAUGUGUAUGUAACGACCGUUUUUUUUUUAUCAGGAAAUAUAUGUAUAUGUAGAAAAGCUACAGCUAGUAUUGAGCGCAAAAUUAUAUUGUUAAGAGGAUCCCUUCGAAAAUAUAAUAAUUAAGUAGCGAUUCAAAAUUAGACAAAAGAAAAUAAUUAUAAUUACAUGCGUAUUGUAAAAAGAGAACAACAAAUGAAAACGAUCAUUCCCAAAAACAAAAAAUAUUAGCAUUUUACGUAAAGUUAGCAAACAUUUUGUUACUACUAAACAUUGGGAAGAUCAAAUAAUUAAAACGAAAAUAUAAUAUAAAGAAAAAGUAAUGCUGCAACUGUUUUGCAUUCGAUAGACUCACUUGUAUACAAAUAAUUGGCAUUGAUGUGAUUUUUUUAGGAAUCCACAAAUAAUAAAAUAAAACAUAAACUAAAUUUUAAAAUA